CUCUACUCCUCACGCCCCACCUCCCCACCCUUAUUAAUCUUGUCCUAUAUUCUCCGACGAGCCCCAAAGCCCGGCCUACUCCGAUCCCGUUGAUUAGGGUUAGGGUUUUUCCGAUCCCUUUUGAUCGCCUCCCCGAAUAGCGAUUACGGUUUCGAUCCCGUCGUCGUCGUCGUCGUCGUCUUCUUCGUUGGAUCCAGGGGAGUCGAUUUAGGGUUUGGCCGCGAAGAUGUUCGGGAGGGCGCCGAAGAAGAGCGACAACACGAGGUACUAUGAGAUCCUCGGCGUGUCGAAGAACGCGUCGCAGGAGGAUCUGAAGAAGGCCUACCGCAAAGCCGCGAUCAAGAACCAUCCCGACAAGGGUGGAGACCCCGAGAAGUUCAAGGAAUUGGCCCAGGCAUACGAAGUGUUGAGUGAUCCUGAGAAGCGUGAGAUCUACGAUCAGUACGGCGAGGAUGCCCUCAAGGAAGGAAUGGGCGGAGGAGGAAUGCACGACCCGUUUGAUAUCUUCCAAUCCUUCUUCGGCGGGAGCCCCUUCGGAGGUGGUGGCAGCAGCAGGGGCCGUAGGCAGAGGAGGGGAGAAGAUGUGGUUCAUCCCCUAAAAGUUUCUCUAGAGGACCUUUACAAUGGGACCUCUAAGAAGCUCUCUCUUUCUAGAAAUGUUAUUUGCUCCAAGUGCAAGGGUAAAGGUUCGAAAUCUGGUGCAUCGAUGAAAUGCGCGGGAUGUCAGGGGUCAGGCAUGAAGGUUACUAUUCGUCAGCUGGGCCCUGGUAUGAUUCAACAGAUGCAGCACCCUUGCAAUGAGUGCAAAGGGACUGGCGAGACCAUCAGCGAGAAAGAUCGGUGCCCACAGUGCAAGGGCGAGAAGGUUGUUCAGGAGAAGAAGGUUUUGGAGGUUGUUGUCGAGAAGGGUAUGCAGAAUGGACAGAAGAUCACUUUCCCUGGGGAGGCAGAUGAGGCGCCUGACACGGUCACUGGUGACAUCGUAUUCGUCCUCCAACAGAAAGAACACCCGAAGUUCAAGAGAAAGGGCGACGAUCUCUUUCUUGAACACACCCUCUCACUCACAGAGGCCCUAUGCGGAUUCCAGUUUGUUUUGACUCAUCUAGAUAACAGGCAGCUGCUCAUCAAAUCAAACCCUGGUGAAGUAGUCAAGCCAGACCAAUUUAAGGCAAUAAACGAUGAGGGCAUGCCGGUGUACCAGAGGCCGUUCAUGCGGGGAAAGCUCUAUAUCCACUUCACUGUGGAGUUCCCCGACUCGUUGACCCUAGAGCAGGUCAAAGCACUCGAGGCCGUGCUCCCGCCAAAGCCCGUGUCGGAGCUUACCGACAUGGAGCUUGACGAGUGCGAGGAAACCACGCUGCACGAUGUCAACAUUGAAGAGGAGAUGAGGAGGAAGCAGGCGCAGGCUCAGGAGGCCUACGAGGAGGACGAGGAGGCCCACGGUGGCGCCCAGAGAGUGCAAUGCGCGCAGCAGUAAACGGAGCGUUACCUGCCUUACAGGUAUUGGCUGGGGUCUAUAACUAUGAUUUUUGGGUCAUAAGACUCGCGUAAUUGCGUUUUAUGUCAUAAAAUCUUGUGGCUGUGGACAGUAUAUUACCAGCUGAAGUAGGGAGGGUGCUUCAGACUCACCCUCAGACUUACUUUUCCCUCUGUUGCUUUGCCGCCAAAUAUCUGAUUAGGAACUUCUAUUACCUUAGUUUUUUCUGUCUGUAAUGCUGUCGACGGUGGUGAGUGCGCGUAUGUUUUUGGGAUUGGUUUUCUACGCUCAAUUUCUCAUUUCCUUGCUUGGUAAAGUUGCGCACAAGCCUUUUCUCUCGAGGAUCCAACAGGCGCCACGGCACGUGUGAAGCACCUAAGAAGAAAAUUUUUGAUUUUGAAUGAAGAGCGGGGAUUGUUGUAUGGGAUGUUGUGGAAUCGGAGUCUCUCUCUCUCUUUUUAACAGUAUGCCACCUGAGAGUGUUAUUUCUUACCUGUUGCAAUUCAAUAGUAAUAGGCAGCGACUUGU